CGCAGGCUUGAACCGCAAAGAGACUCUCCAACCGGAUGAGGCGAUGAACACUCGUGCUUAGGGCCAGGUGAAAAUACAGGCCUCUCCUGUGUCGGUUUCUAAUUUGAUUUCAUUAUUUUUUAUAAUUUCUCUUCUUCUUCUUCUUCUUUCUAUCUUUUUGUAACUCUGAGAAUUUGCCCACAUUGAGUUUGCUGGAGUUGUUCAGUCGUCAUGCGGGCUCUACCUGCCGCCGUCCUGCUGCUGCUGCUGUCGCUGCUGCUGAAAGUGUCUGACUGCAUUCAGGUGACCGUUCCCGAGCAGGAGCGCAGCACGACUCUGUUCGCCUCGGUGAUCCUCCGCUGUGACUACAGCACCUUCGUGAACCUCCAAGAUGUCCUGGUCACCUGGAGGUUCAAGUCCUUCUGCAAGGACCCUGUGCUGGAGUAUUACUCCACAGCGUUCCAGUCGGCACUGCUGUUGGGACAGGACCCGGCGAACGACUGCCCAGAUCGCCAGCGAACUGUGCGCGUUGUGGUCCAGAAGAGCGGACCCGGCGAGCCGAUACUGGGGCCGGACUACCGUGAACGCAGGAUCACAAUCCAAAACAAGGCAGACCUUGUGAUCAAUGAGGUGAUGUGGGGGGACAACGGGAUGUACUACUGCAACGUGGAUGCUGCCGGAGACACCACUGGAGACUCUGACAGAGAAAUCCGACUCAUUGUCUACCACUGGUUGGUUGUGUUGUUCAUCAUCCUCGGAGCGCUGCUUCUGAUCCUCCUCUUCUGUAUCUGCUGCUGCCAGUGCUGCCCUCAGAAAUGCUGCUGCUACGUGCGCUGUCCCUGCUGCCCAGAGCAAUGCUGCUGUCCUGAAAAACUGGUGAUGCAGCAUCGUAUGAUGAAGCAGGCCGAGAUGUCCUGGUUAGGAGGACAGCCGGCGUAUGGACCGAUGAGCUACGCCUCCUCCCAGAUGAACCCGCUGCUCUACCAAGGAUCUGUUUCAGGGAAAAACAUCCAGAUGCAGCCAAUGCCCCUCCCCCCUCCCCAGUCUUCAGCUUACAGCAUGCCCCCUCCCAGUAUCCCCGGCAACCACACCCCUGCCAACAGCAAUCAAAUGCUCGAUUACCUGGAAAGCCAGGUGAGGGGGAUGGACAUGACCAGUCCUCUGUUACAGUCCCAGCCACAGCCACAUCCACAUCUACAUCCACAUCCACAUCCACAUCCACAUCCACAUCCACCCCCACACAUGCAGCAGAUCCCACCUCCUCCCCACUACGUACCUGCCACUGUCCCAUUUUCCCCUGGCCCUCCCAGCAUGAUCUCUGCCCUCGACGAUGGCCCAGGAGAGCGUCGCAUCAUCACACUUCCACCAAUAAGGGAGCAGCAACCAGGCAGACUGCCACCCCCCGGACCCAAGACCCGCCCACCGAGCUCGAGCGAGAGUAGCCGCAGCGGCUUCGGCCGCCGAGACCAGCGAGGAGCAGCAGGUAGGCGUUACCCCUCGCCCACCAGAUCACGAGGUGUUCCCCGGAGUUACAGUCAGGACUCACUGGACGGGCGGAGUCAUAUCGGGUCACGAGGAGGCAUGGACCGCCCCCGCUCCCGUUCCAGGGAUGACCUAUACGACAGCAGGUCCAGAGGAAACCACUCGCCCCCUUCGUCACGGCACACAAGACAAGGGUCCUGGAGCUCGGAUGACGAGGACAGCAGCAGGAGAGGAGGAGGAGGAGGAGGGAGGAGAGGAGUUGGAGGCUGGGCUGACAAACCUCCCGGCUACACGGAGUACGAGCCUGGACAGAAGCCGGGCGCACAGAGGAAUAAACGCUACUCUGACAAGAGUUCUCGCAGUGGCACCAGCGUCGUCAUCUGAACCUUCCAGCUGUGAAACGCCCUGUGACCUCUGUGUCAGAGAACAGGCACAACCUCUCUAGAACCGGGAGCCUUGUCCUCUGGCCACCGAUUUAAUGUAUUAACAUGAAUCAUGAACCUAUUCCUUUUAAUAACUUCUGAUGACACCUCGCAAUGUGAUAUUGAGAAAUGUGGAAUAAUUUCCACAAGGUGUGUAGGUGGUUAAACAAAUAUUGAUGUCAGUAAGGAAGCUUUUUUAGCCGCCUACAUGUUUUUAUUUUUUUUAUUUUAAAUUUUUAAAUAUAUAUGAAAUUUUCUUUACUGGGGCUACUGAGAAGAUCUGAGAUCAUAUCCCCCUCUGCUGGUAAAUCAGUGAAAUUAAAAAUAUUUUCAAGCCUCCCCUUUGAUUAUUCUAUAUGCAUCUUUAGAAUUGAUGUCUCUCCUAUUGAAACUUUCUUUGUUUGGCCGUAAAACAGAUAAUUCGUAUAUGGAUAAAGCUUUAAAGCAAUAGCCAUUAACUGAAGAAGGAAUUACCGUCAGGGCCAGUAAACAAACUAACUACACCUUUUUUUAUACCCACGUGAAUAUGAUAAAAAUGUUGUGAAUGUCGAUGCUAGUUUUUGUAAAUUGUUAUUUUUCGUAUCUCCUGGUGACUGUAGUACAUUUGUUUUAAUAAUGUUUUGAUGGAAAAUGUAGCAGUGGCAUCAGUUCAGAUAUCGAUGAAGUGGUUCGUACAUAAGAAGAAUGAAGUAUUUACCGUAAACACUGCAUGUAAAUGAGUAUUUUACAUUGUGUUAACGUAAAAAUUGAAGUAAUGUCAACAAUGUUAGAUGCCCAAAUGUUCAGUUUUUCUUAAUUUUCUUUUUACUUUACAAUUGUUAGCCAGUUGUUACUUAUGGAAAUUUAAUUGCCCAACCCCACGCACGCCUUUUAUUGUGUAUCACAUGUUUCUGAAAGACACAUUAAAGAUGUCGACUCGUCCACUGA